AUGAUGAGGAUAGCGUUACUUUGCUUGGCACUUUCUAGUCUUGUCAUUGCCGACCCUACGGCCUACUUCGUUGAAAAAUUCGACAGCCCCGACUGGGAGAGCCGAUGGGUUCAAUCGACAAGCAAAAGCGAUUAUGGAAAAUUUGUGUUGACUGCUGGUAAAUUUUAUGGUGAUGCUGAGAAGGACAAAGGUAUUCAAACUAGCCAAGAUGCACGCUUUUAUGCCGUCAGUGCUAAAUUAGAUAAACCAUUUAGCAAUAAAGGCAAAGCGUUGGUCCUCCAAUUUACCGUCAAGCAUGAACAAAGUAUUGAUUGCGGUGGUGGUUAUAUCAAGCUUUUCCCUAGUUCGCUAAAUCCAAAGAAAAUGAAUGGUGAUUCUCCGUACAAUAUUAUGUUCGGUCCUGACAUUUGCGGUUAUAGUACCAAGAAGGUACACGUUAUUUUAAAUUAUCAAGGCGAAAAUAAAUUAAUCAAGAAAGAAAUUAAGUGCAAGGAUGACGAAUUAACUCAUUUAUAUACGCUAAUCCUUAAAUCCGACAAUACCUACGAAGUCAAAAUUGACAACGAAAGCGUAGAAUCUGGUAAAUUGGAAGAUGAUUGGGCUUUACUACAACCUAAGAAGAUCAAAGAUCCUAAUGCGAAGAAGCCAGAAGAUUGGGACGACAAUGCAAAGAUUGACGAUCCCGAGGACAAAAAACCCGAUGGUUGGGAUAAAGCAGAACACAUUCCUGAUCCUGAGGCGAAAAAACCAGAAGACUGGGAUGAUGAAAUGGAUGGAGAAUGGGAACCACCUAUGAUCGAUAAUCCUGAAUUUAAGGGUGAAUGGAAGCCAAAGCAAAUUGACAAUCCUAAAUAUAAGGGAGAAUGGGUACACCCAGAGAUUGAUAACCCAGAUUAUAAAGAAGACUCGAACCUUUAUUUGUUUGAGGAUAACGCGUAUGUUGGUUUCGAUUUGUGGCAAGUGAAAGCUGGAACUAUUUUCGACAACGUAUUGGUUACUGAUGAUAUCGAUUACGCCAAGAAAUUUGGAGACGAUACAUGGGGUCAGACUAAGGGACCAGAAACAAAAGCUAAGGAAGUGAUUGACAAAAAGAAAGCUGAAGAAGAGGAAAAGAAGAAGAAGGAAGAAGAGGAGAAGAAGAAAUCAGAAGAAGGUCAAAAAGAAGAAGAAGCAGAAGCGGAAGAAGAAGAAGAAGAAGAAGAGAAAGAUAGUAGCAAGAGCAAAGACGAAUUAUAACCUUGAUUUUUUUUCUUUAUCUGCUGAUUAGCAGUUUCCAUUUUAUAACUUUAACCUAUGAAUAGGUUUAUUGUUAUCAGAAUUUGUAUCAUGUCGUCUAGAUGCUGCUAGAUCAUUUUGCGAAUAAACUUGAUAAUAUUGUUAUUGCUGAAAUAGAAUAGUUAUUCUAUCGCAUUGAUGAUAGAAAAUUUGAAUUGUUUAUUUCAUACAAAUAUUCCCUUCAUGUCUGAUUUUGUAGUCAUUUUCAUCUUUAACUUACUGGCGUAUGAACUUUAUG